GAAGCCGCACCGCAACGCAUUUGCGGCAUUCACCUGACGUUGUCUGACAUCUGCGAUCCGCGGCUUGCUGCGUAAAUGUCAAAAGUUUCUUCAUUUUUGUCGAUACAGUAAAUAUGGCGAUGUGGCGGCUAAUGCCUAUGAAAUUGACGGAAACGUCAAAAACCGUCUUUGGCAGCGUUCCGUGUAUGUCAUACCAUCCAAAGGUAUUAGAUCAUUAUGAAAAUCCAAGGAAUGUUGGUUCUCUGGAUAAGAAUGACAGCCAGGUGGGCACAGGGCUCGUUGGCGCUCCUGCUUGUGGUGAUGUCAUGAAAUUACAGAUUAAAGUUGACAAAGAUGGAAAGAUCAUAGAUGCUAAGUUCAAGACUUUUGGUUGCGGUUCCGCCAUAGCAUCCAGUUCCUUGGCUACCGAGUGGGUCAAGGGAAAGACGGUAGAUGAAGCUUUAAAAUUAAAAAACACGGACAUUGCUAAAGAGCUGUGCCUCCCACCUGUUAAGCUACAUUGUUCGAUGCUUGCGGAAGAUGCAAUUAAAGCUGCAUUGUCCGAUUACCGUAUAAAACAACAAGCUUCAAAGUCAGAAACGGAUGGAGGUGGUAAAAUUCAAGCUCAGUAGCAGCAUAGGCUGAUAUCAAGUAUAAUUAUAGUAACAUAGAAAUGUUGCAACAUUCCUGGUACAAACAUAUUAAAUCCAUAAUCCACCAAUGUUGCAGAUGGUACGUACUAUUUUCAAUAAUUAAUAGUUUAUAUAAAUGAAAUUUGAGUUCUAUGUAUUUGUGAAAUAAAUUAUUUAGAUAACA